CCCGAACCCGGACCCACACACGGACCCGCCGCCUAACCGGGGGCGGAAGCGGCGGGGUCGCGCGCUGCCGGUCAUGAGGCGGGCGCGGGGCUGAGGAGCCGGUCGCCAUGAACUGCACCAUCGAGAAGAUCCUUACGGACGCGCGAACGCUGCUGGAGCGGCUGAAGGAGCACGACACCGCGGCCGAGUCGCUCAUCGACCAGUCCGCCGUCCUGCACCAGCGAGUGGCCGCCAUGAGAGAGGCGGGCGCGGCGUGGGCCGAGAAGCAGGGCCAGGGCCCCGCGGCGGAGCGGACCGACUUGUCCCGGCUGCGGCCUCACGCGCUCCUGUCCCAGGAGAACACGCAGAUACGCGACCUGCAGCGGGAGAACAGGGAGCUGUGGAUCUCGCUGGAGGAGCACCAGGAUGCACUGGAGCUUAUCAUGAGCAAAUACAGAAAGCAGAUGUUACAGCUGUUGCAAGGGAGAAAAAGUGAAGAUGCUGAACCAGCCUUGAACGUUCACCAGGCUAAUUCUUUGGAAAUUGAAAGUCAAAUAGACAGAAUAUGUGAGAUGGGAGAGGUGAUGAGAAAAGCUGUUCAAGUUGAUGAUGAUCAGUUCUUUAAAGUUCAGGAGAAACUAGCUCAAUUGGAGCUUGAAAACAAAGAGCUGCGUGAACUAUUGUCAAUCAGCAAAGAAUCUUUUGAGGUGGGGAGAGAAGAUCUGCCUGACUGUGAAGUUUAGGUCACAAAAUAACCUUAUCUCCAAACCUUGACUUCAGAAACUUGUGAAACUACCCUGCAAGGAUGGGGUUUGGUUUGUUCUUUCAGGUGUUUCUUUGUAUGUUUGUUCUGUCUUUCAAAGUGUGGGGUUUUUUUUCUCUGCAUUUUGAUGAAAUUACAUACCGUUGAUGUCAAAGGCUUUGCAUUGCUGCUCCGUCUUAGUAAUUGCACCAUGCAGAUGCUUAACUAUGAAGUAUUUGAUUUGUACUCUUGAGUGAUAGUUUAUUUCCUCUCCUGUUUGUAUUUUUAAUGAGCUUUAGUUAAUAAUUCCAGCUGUGCAGAUGGCACUUAGAUCCACCUUGCCAUUAGAUAGAGAAGAUAAUAUAGUUGUGAUUAUUUUGUUUGAUAGAAGGAAUAAGAGAUUGUUCAAACCUGAUGCAAAUGGUAGUAACACGUUUUGCCCUGCCUGCACAAAGCAGGCGUGCAGAGCUUUUCUUUGGCUCUGAAGAGCUGACACUCAGUAUUUGCCUGGGUUGACACUGUUACUUGGACAGCUGUUUAGAAGCAGGUCAACAGAACAGCAGAUAGCCAAGAGAGCACUUUAGUAACUCCUCUAAGGAGCAUUCUUUACCUUGUUUUAGGGGUGAAAAGCAGAGGGGACAACUCUUUCUGACACCUGUGCAUUUCUGAAGGACAUUUAUCCAAUUGAUUUUGGUUGUACAUGUAGCCCUGUUCCAGCUUUACCAGUGCUCCAAGUCACAUGUGUACUGGCUGGCUGUGAGCUCAAGGCGUGUGCUCUAACCCUGCACAAGCAUAGGGCUUUCACAUCAAAGCUCUUCAGCCUCCCACUGCUUUGGACUUCAGGAAGACUGUAUAAUUCUGCCUCAAAACUGAACCAAAACUAACCAUAUAGACAGGUUUUUAGUGUUACCUGACAGGUAAGUCUAGUACCAUAUGUUACAUAGUUAUGACAGAAUAAUCCUGUAUUGAGUGAAGUUAUAGUUGUGUUAUUGUAGGAAUGUAUCAGUAUUGUGAUGUUUUUAAUGACAUUUUUAUAUAAAGACUCGUCUUUCUUACCUGUGGUCAAAGAAUAAUCCUCCAAGAACAGUAAAUAUCUUGUUUCCAAUAUUAGUUUAAUUUUUUAUGCUACUUUUCCCCAGUGAGAAUUUUGAUAGAUGCAGAAGGUGAUUUAUGUUCCUGUUCUUAUUAAGAGACAUUUUCUUGCAAAACUUUGGAAUAUCCAGCAAGGUUGUUUGGUAGAUCUAAGGGAUUUCUGUACAGGAGUAAUCUUGUAUAUAAUCCGUUUCUAUUAGAAAUUGUUGAAGAGGGAAUAAAAGACCCCAGUGGACAGUCUUUUCUCAA